AUGGAUUUAGAAGAAAAUUUCUUCCUUGUCAGAUUCUCUAACCAAGAAGAUUACUCCCAUGCUUUGUUUGAAGGGCCAUGGAUGAUUGCAGAUCACUACCUCUUGAUCCAGAGAUGGAGACUGCUAUUUAUACCACAAGAAGUUAAUAUCCAAAAGGUUGCUGUUUGGAUUCGGAUCCCUAAUCUUCCGACAGAACUCUAUAACAAAUAUUUUCUCUGGAAAGUUGGAAAAGCUCUGGGUACCAUGCUCAAAGUUGAUGAACUCACCUCUAUCAAUUCUAGAGGCAAGUUUGCACGGAUAUGUGUGAAAAUUGAUUUGAAUAAAAAAUUAAUUCCAUAUAUUUUAGCUAUUGGUAAAGACUUCAAGCUUGAAUACGAAGGUCUCCACCAGAUUUGCUUUAAGUGUGGACAGUAUGGCCAUAAGGUAGAAGAUUGUUAUGAAAUUUUUGGAGAUCUAAUUGAAAAAGUGGUAGCUGCUGCCAUGGAGGUUGAUCGGAGCAACCAAGAAUGUGGUGGUGGUAACCCCAGCAGAAAUGUAAAGGAGCCGUUAGAGCAGGAAGACAAUCUCAGGGUAGAAUCCUUAAAGGAGGGAAAUCAGGAGAUAGAUGGGAGUAAUCAAGAUCCUAAAGACAAAAAAGGCAAUAAUCUCUUCCCCAAAGAGGAAAGUCCGUUUGGUCCUUGGAUGUUAGUAAAAAGAAAUCAAAGAAGAUAUAAGUCGAAGAUGGAAGAUUCUCAUACGGAGAAAAAGGAAAGAUUUCAGUCAAGCAGAUUUCAAGCUUUAGAAGGAAUUAAUUCAGAAGAUUACGUGGAGGAAAAUUAG